GAAAUGCCGCCUCUGCAAUACCAGGCCAAAAUAUUUACUCGGGCGCAGCAGCUUGGACGUCGAAAUAAGCCAUGAAAUAAGCCGGUCAACAUCUCCUCCGAUGGCUAACUCAUCAGCAACUCAACGUCUUGUACCUUCAAGCCAUCGACAGCACCAACGACACAGCUCCUCACCCUCAUUCGCAGUCUCUGCGGUGUACACAAACCCAUUGCCGCGCAAUAAUAGCGCAGCUCCCAGCAAUCCAAGUGCUGGCGCUGCCAUUGACGCCACAAAUUCCUCUGCUUGCGACGGUGUCGAGGUAUUGAAUGCCUCGCCGAUAAGGAAUGCCAACGGGACCUGCAUUUCUGACUCGGCUUUACACCUGAGGGUCGGGCGUACGGCAGGUCGCAUUUCCGGGAGUUUGGAACUGAUCGCGCCAACCAUGAGAAGGCGGUCUCGUAGCAGCGAUCAUUAUGACUUCAACGCGAGCGAUCCACCGCCAUACUCGUGGGUGACGGGGUCGAUAUGGCAGGACGUCACUCGUAGCGGCGGUGAACUGCGCUGCAUCGGCCCUGCACUGCGGAGGACGGCCAGUGCCGACCGUAACGGCGAUGCGGCAUCUGGCGUAGAGAGAUGGCGGGACAGUGUGGGGACUUUGCCACCACCUUACGAGAUGCCUAAUGAUCAGUUUCCGCCGAGCUACGAGGAGGCGCUAGCCAGCUGUCAAAGACGCCCAGAACCACCUGUCCUGUCAGCCUCGCCCAUCAUCCAGAGCCUACAAGCAGCUGACUGCAGCAUCAUGAUGCUGCCUCCGAGCUCCGUGCUGCACGAGCAAUCGAUGCUGCUCGAUGCCCAAAGAGAUGUCGAUGAGCAGCGUCGAGUCAUGCUGCUCGAGUCCGAGGACGAGAUGGCGCAAGAUCUUCUCGACGCGCAGCGGAUCCGACGGGAAGCUCAGAUCGCCGAAGAUCUGGAAAGGGAUCUUGAUCUGGAGGAGCAGCGAUUGCAACGAAACCUGCAGAUCGCCCAGUACUGCGGCUGCAACAAAUGCCAGAACCUUUACUACAGCUACUACUACGGAGGAGACCCCGUGGCCGAAGCUUCGCCAUUUCCAUUGGAGACUCAAGUGAUUAUGCAGGAGGUGCUCAGCGAUGGCCUGGCAUUCUGCUCCUUGAUGUGAAGAACAAGACAGGAAGGAUCCAUUCAACGAUCAAUACACAUGGGCAGAAUAGCACUUCGAAACUUUAUUAUCUACAGAGGAUUAUUCAAACAAUUGAGUUUCCUGUUGCUAUAUUGACACUCCAAUCCUCAUGGGUAUGGUGAUCAUGAAAGCAUUGAAACAUCUGUAUUGCAGUAAGCUUCCACAUGCUUUUCGGGGAAAGAAGGCCUAUUGGUAUGGAAUGCCUGCUCAGUUAUCGGGACGAUGGAGCAUGCCAGCAUUGGAAUAUCGGUACAACCAUUAAGGGUCUAAUUCACAUUUAGCUUUUCAGAUCGCGGAUGAUAAUAUUCAAUAAAACUAUAACGAAAGAAAACUUAAAUCGUCACGGAAAAUUGUAACGUAAUUUCUUUUGUAAGGAAUUAAAACCUAUUUAUUUCACACAUUGUGGUUCUCUUGGGUGAAAUGAUUAUAAAUUACCUAAAUUAAUUUUAAUUUAGACAAAAAACGUUCAAAUAUCUUUAGAUAAUCAUGAUUAACACAGAGGCAGGCACAUGAGUUAUGAUCUUGUUCAAGCGAAUCACUAAUUCGGUGAAACUAGAAUUUUCUUUUGUCGGGAUCUUGAAGCGGACACCGGUCGCUCACUGCCCAUUUUCUAAUGGACUCAGCUCUUUCACUGUCCUAAUGGACUCAGCUUUUUCACUUCUCUAAUGGACUCAGUUCUCUCACUGUUCUAAUAGAUUCAGUACUCUCACUGUUCUAAUGGACUCAGUUCUCUCACUGUUCGAAUGGACUCAACUCUCUCACUGUUCUAAUGGACUCAGUUCUCUCACGGUUCCAAUGGACUCAACUCUCUCACUGUUCUAGUGGACUCAUCUCUUUCACUGUUCUA